AUGGAAAAGUCCAGAAGAGGCUUAGAUGAGAACAUCUACGGGGUUUUUGCUGAAGCGGGCCGGGAUGACCGUCGACAGCGACCGUCUUCAACGAGCAAAACCAACAAGCCUGUCAGCUUCGUCAGAGGGCAGACCCUACAGCCAACCAAUGUUUCAGCCAGGAAAGUUGACGACGAUGCUGCCAAGGUAGAAUCGGAUGAUGAGGUUGACAGCAGAUUUGUUUUGGAUGCAAAUGCUCCGAAUGCCCAGGGCUUGAAACCAACCAUGGAAGGGCCAAAGUUACCAGCCCGAAACAAAUUGUCGUUCAAUCAGAUGGCCAACAAUUACGGAAAGGGUUUUUCGAUGCUGCAAAAGAUGGGUUUCACAGGUGGUGGUUUGGGUAGGCACAAUGACGGCAUUGCAAAUCCGAUUGAAGUACAGAAGCGCCAAGGGAAGAUGGGUUUGCAGGAUGAUGGAGAAAUGGUAGGUCAAGACCUUUAUGGCAAUGAAGGGAACGAAGCCGGACGCCGUUCUCUGGAGGAACUCCUUUUCCCAACAGAUCAGCCAAAGGGAAAGCGUGAGUCAGUCAGUGAUGGCUGGAAACGUGAUGGCAAGCCGAAGAGGCAAAAAACAGUUUACAAGACAGCAGAUGAAGUGGUUAGUGAGCCCACAAUGCGUAUCGUUGACAUGCGUGGCCCAGAGGUGAAAGUGGCCUCAUCGUUCUCAGAGCUUGCUGCCAGUCUGGCAGGAGACUCUGUGAGGAGUUUGAAAGAGCUCCGACACAAUACUCGCUUAUUGGUUUCUCGCUAUGAGGAGAAGAUCCGAGCGAGCAUUGAGCGCCAACGGCAUUGCGAAGACGUCCUCUUAUCUGUCGCCAAAGAGAAAGAAAGGGUCGAGGCAGCUGAAAAAGUCAGUGAUGCAGAGCUGGCAACGUGCAAACACCUUGUUACAGAGAUCGAGGCCUUACGUGAGCAGCAAGACCAGGGAACUCUGAGCUUGCUCGAUCUCGCCGACAAUUUCAGCCGCUUGCAGAAGGCUAGGCCUAAAGAGUUCAGAAUUCUGGCGGCAGUUGAUGUGGCAUUUGCACUAGCACUUCCCACAGCCAGACGCGAGUUUGCUACCUGGCAACCACUGAAGCAGCCGCAUGAUCGCUUGAAAGCCAUUGCAAGAUGGCAAGAUAUGGCCAGUGCCAAGACUCAGGAGCAGUUCUCAGCCUUGAUCGAAGCUUCUCUGCUUCCCUGCCUGCGUAAGGCGCUGGUAGUGUGGUCGCCGCGUGAGCCAGAACCUUGUAUCAGGUUGGUGGAGAGGUGUCGAACACUUCUGCAGCCGGUAUAUGCAGACUCGCUGAUUGCAGAAGUUGUUCUUCCCCGAUUGCGCUCCGAAAUCGAGGGUUGGGACCCACGAUUGGACACGUCAUCGCCACAUCUAUGGCUGCAUCCUUGGCUGCCAUUACUGGGCAAACAAAUGGAUAUUUUGUGGGCACCGAUACGUUUCAAGAUAUCCUCCUGCCUGGACCGUUGGGAGUCUUCGGACAUGUCUGCCCAUGCAUUCUUGAAGCCAUGGCAGCAUGUUUUUGACCCAUCCAACUGGGACCCUCUCAUUGAAAAGGUCUUGUCCAAGAUUGAGAAAUCAAUAGGACAAACGCCAGUGGAGCCGGAUGGUCAGAAUUUGGAGUCAUUAAGGAGCCUUUUUGCAUGGAUGGACCUUGCUCCUUUGGACAACAUUUCGCGUGUCCUGGAGUCCGCGUUCUUUCCACAGUGGCACGGCGCACUCAGACGCUGGCUUCGCGAUUCUGAGUGCGACUUUUCGGAGGUGCUGCAGUGGUACCAAGGGUGGAAAGCACUUUUCCCGAAAGAGCUUAGAGAGCAAGGCCGCAUCCAGAAGCAGUUUGCAAGUGGACUGGAGGUGAUGAAACACAUGAUGACACAUGGAGUUCCAGAUAUACCCGAUUCUGAGGGCCCUGCAAGCUCGAAAGGAGAUGACAAUCGCUCCCCAGCAUCUGCAAGGCUACCUGUUGAUGAAAUCAGCCUAAGCUUGAGCGAGUACAUCUCUGAAGUUGCAGCUGAAGAAGGGCUGAUCUUUCUUCCAAAGAAGCAGCGGCGCAAUGGAAAGCAAGUUUAUCAGCUCGGGGCGGCCACGGUUCAGCUUGACAAAAACCUCAUCUAUGUUUCGCCACCAGCCAAUGGCGACGGCGAGUGGAAGGCUGCCUCCAUGGAUGAAGUACUUGCGCUGGCGCGCGCGACGCCGCGCAAAAAAAAGUAA